GGGGGAAGGGCCGCUGGCAGGCAGAGGCGCCUAGGGGCGGGGUGGGAAGGAGGACCUGCCAACCCUGGGGUGUGGGACUGAGAGUGCGUGUGUGUGGUGUGUCCGCCAGAGAAGGAAGGUGGCGAAGGGAGGAGAGCCCGAGUGGGUGGAGGGAGGGGAAGGGCGGGAGGAGAAAAAGGUGGGCGGAGGGCCAGGUGGGAGGGUGGCGGCUCACUCAGGACCCGGCGGGGGCAGCGCGAUGAGGCGGGUGACCCUGUUCCUUAACGGCAGCCCCAAGAACGGAAAGGUGGUUGCUGUAUAUGGAACUUUAUCUGAUUUGCUUUCUGUGGCCAGCAGUAAACUCGGCAUAAAAGCCACCAGUGUGUAUAAUGGGAAAGGUGGACUGAUUGAUGAUAUUGCUUUGAUCAGGGAUGAUGAUGUUUUGUUUGUGUGUGAAGGAGAGCCAUUUAUUGAUCCUCAGACAGAUUCUAAGCCACCUGAAGGAUUAUUAGGAUCUCACACAGACUGGCUAACAUUAAAUGUUGGAGGGCGGUACUUUACAACUACACGCAUUACUCCUCCCAGGUUAUAGCAUGCAUCUUUUUGAGAGAACAGCUGAAAUCAAGUAUGCUCUUGACUUAAAUAUGUUUGUUUAUAAAGACACAUGGAGAAAUCAAUUUUUUUCCCUGACUUCUUAGGAGCACUUUAGUGAAUAAAGAACCUGACAGUAUGCUGGCCCACAUGUUCAAGGACAAAGGUGUCUGGGGAAAUAAGCAAGAUCAUAGAGGAGCUUUCUUAAUCGACCGAAGUCCUGAGUACUUUGAACCCAUUUUGAACUACUUGCGUCAUGGACAGCUUAUUGUAAAUGAUGGCAUUAACUUAUUGGGUGUAUUAGAAGAAGCCAGAUUUUUUGGUAUUGACUCACUGAUUGAACACCUAGAAGUAGCGAUAAAGAACUCCCAACCACCGGAGGAUCAUUCACCAAUAUCCCGAAAGGAAUUUGUUCGAUUUCUGCUAGCAACUCCAACCAAGUCAGAAUUACGUUGCCAGGGUUUAAACUUCAGUGGUGCUGAUCUUUCUCGUUUGGACCUUCGAUACAUUAAUUUCAAAAUGGCCAACUUAAGCCGCUGCAACCUUGCACAUGCAAAUCUCUGCUGUGCUAAUCUUGAACGAGCUGAUCUUUCCGGAUCAGUGCUUGAUUGUGCAAAUCUCCAGGGAGUCAAGAUGCUUUGUUCUAAUGCAGAAGGUGCAUCCCUGAAACUGUGUAAUUUUGAGGAUCCUUCUGGUCUUAAAGCCAAUUUAGAAGGUGCUAAUCUGAAAGGUGUAGAUAUGGAAGGAAGUCAAAUGACAGGAAUUAACCUGAGAGUUGCUACCUUAAAAAAUGCAAAGUUGAAGAACUGUAACCUCAGAGGAGCUACUCUGGCAGGAACUGAUUUAGAGAACUGUGAUCUGUCUGGGUGUGACCUUCAGGAAGCUAACCUCAGAGGUUCCAAUGUGAAGGGGGCUAUAUUUGAAGAGAUGUUGACACCACUACACAUGUCCCAGAGUGUCAGAUGAGAAUCUCAGGGGCUGGAGGAAGAUGUCUGAGAUGAAAAAUGUUCUCCUAAUCAUUUUCUUUCUCCACUCUCUCAGUUAUCUAGAAAAAAUAACACUGUAAAGGAAUUUAAAAAAAAAAAAAAAAGUUUAGAGGAUUAUGCUUGUUCUCAGCAGUGCAUAAGGGAGAAAUUGAAUUUUUUCCAUAUUCUGAUUUUAACAGAAAAGCACUCAUUUAAUAGUUGUAGGGAAACUUAGAUUAUAUUGCUGCCUUUUGAAUGGGGUAGGGAGAUAUGCUUGGUCUUAUGACCAGGAAUAUAGUAUCUAUUUUAUUUGCUUUUAAAUAGGCAUGAUGUGGAAAUCCAUCUUGGAUUAAGAUGCAUUUGAGAAAUUUAAUUUAUGAAAAGCACAACAUAUGCAACUAUAUUUAUUGAAUACCUAGAUGCAGUAUGGAUAUUUAAAUUGUUAAACUUUAUGAAAAGUUUGGAAAGGUUGUUCAGGUUUAUGAAUAGCUUUAGCAAUGCCUCCCCUCUUUAUGUACCUGUCACACUGUAUGAAUAUGGUGAGGUCAUACUCCCUAAGGCUCUCUUUUCAGGUUUAUUUUUAUAAUGUUUACUUUUAGAACAAAACAAUAGCUAAAUUAGAGAAAUAGCCUGUUGUUCCUAUUGAGGCAGAGAGGAAAGAUAUCUUUGUACAUCUUUAUUAUAUUGAAGAUUUAUUGGAACUCUCCAGUUGAAGGAUGAAUUUGCCUACAGUUACGACUUUUGAAUGAGCAUUCCUCAGAAGUUCAUUCUAGGCAAGUUCCACUCAACAUCAGACCAGGAGGUUCUGUCUAUUUAUACUACUAACCUAAUUUUCUCAGAUACAAUCAAUAUAUAAGCAUAGGAUGAUAUUUCAAAACCAAAAAACCAAGGUUCAUCUUUAAUAGCCACUUAAAUAAAAUGUCAAAUGGUUUAAAUUGGGCCAGCUUAAAAAUAGGUAUCAAAUCCAAAACUGCUGCAAUUAAGAGUAUAAAAUACAAAUAAAAAGGACAAAAUAACUUUUUAGAAGGCAAUAUAAUAUAAUUUCAGCUAAAAUCUUACAGUGGGAAACGAGGAUAUUUAAACUGGCUAUUUGAUUAAACCAUCAAAAGAAACUAAUAAAUAAAAAUAAAGGCAUUUGGAUGGCCUAAGAUAUUAAUCAGUCAGCACCUGUGGUUCUUUUACUUAUAUUUGCUGUUGUGUGUCUUUGGUUUUCAAAUUGUAACCCAAUUUUCCUGAGUCCUUUUCUUUCUGCCAUAGCAGAGUCAGGGCCUUUACUUCCCUCCCAAUACCCCAGUGUCCUUAUAUCUGCCCUAGAGCAGGGAUAUAAGCUGUGUCCAAAUGGGUUCUGAAUCCUGCUUACUCAUCAAUUUUAGGCAAUGAAUCAUUAAAAACCACUUCUGUCUCCUUUGGGAGAAGGACAUAUUUCAGUGUUUCCAUAGCUUACUCUUCUAUAUCUACAUAUGCACAGCUUUCCUUAACAGUAAAGGGCACAUAUGCACAGUGGGAGGAGAUCAGACCUUUACAGGUGAAGGAAAGCAACUUUAGAAAUGAAUUAUUUUCUUUGCUUUAUUAUUUUUACCAAGACAGAUAAGUAUUGUAUUGAGAGAUUCUAUUUUCAUAAUCAAUAUGUGCCUAAAUAAUAUUUAAAUCAUUUCACUCUAUACUAUAUUUUCAAUAAUUAUAGAAUGUGUUGUUCAUUCACUUAAGGGUACCUCUGUAGACAAACCUAAAACUGCAGAAGGUUCUGAAAGAAACCUGAAAAAACAUGGUGUUUUCAGAAACUGCAGGCUUGGGAUCUAAUGUAUACUGCAUUAAUAAAUGAUAUAAAACAAUGAAAA